ACAUCGAAGUGUAUGAUAACAAAGUUGAAGUGAUAAGAUAUUUUGAAUCGAAGAUCAAAAGGAUACACGAUAUACACAGUUCAUUUCAUUAUUUCUGAUGAAAAAAUAAUGAGCUCUAAUUAAAUAAAAUCGGUUUUACACAAGAGAAUCAUUUCAAACUUUACAAUCUACAAAAAUGUUGGCAAAAAUAUUCUCCACCGCCGCAUCAGGUAUCGUGAAAAAUAGACAAUUGGUUCCGCCAGUUUAUCACAUGGUGUCAAGAAAUGGUGGAAAUUAUGUGUUAGUGCAUCCGUAUAGAGAAAAAUCCAUCUCCGAACUUACAGAUCAUUAUGUGGAUAGCGUAUUCUUGUUGGAUGUUUUCAGAGGUCUGCUUACUUCUGUAUCGUAUGUAUUCAAAGAACCAGCUACCAUAAACUAUCCAUUUGAAAAAGGGCCGCUGUCUCCUCGUUUCAGAGGUGAGCAUGCCCUGCGUCGAUAUCCUUCCGGCGAAGAAAGGUGUAUUGCGUGUAAAUUAUGCGAAGCUAUAUGCCCAGCUCAGGCCAUCACCAUCGAGGCCGAAGAAAGAGAAGAUGGUAGUCGAAGAACUACCAGAUAUGAUAUCGACAUGACCAAAUGUAUAUAUUGCGGAUUUUGUCAGGAAGCUUGUCCCGUAGAUGCAAUUGUCGAAGGUCCGAAUUUCGAAUAUUCGACGGAAACCAGAGAGGAGUUAUUAUACAAUAAAGAAAAAUUACUCACCAAUGGGGAUAAAUGGGAGUGUGAAAUUGCUUCCAAUAUUCAUGCCGAUCAUUUAUACAGAUGAAUAUUGUGCAUCAUUUUUCGUAGAUGUGUCAUUUAAAAAUGAAACUAUUUCGCUUGUUA